AUGGACUCCAUACCUGCUGGACGAGACUCCAGCUCCUCGCCAACCUCGAAACAAGAACUUUCCUACUCCAAGAACCUGAAGCCCAACCAGGUGGGACAUACGGUGCUGUACGGAGUACCGAUCGUGUCUUUGGUGAUAGAUGGCCAGGAGAGACUAUGCCUCGCACAAAUAUCCAACACGCUGUUGAAGACUUACAGCUAUAAUGAGAUACACAACCGGCGCGUGGCACUGGGCAUCACCUGCGUGCAGUGCACCCCCGUGCAGCUGGAGAUCCUGCGCAGAGCCGGGGCCAUGCCCAUCUCCUCCAGGCGCUGCGGGAUGAUCACAAAGCGCGAGGCCGAGAGACUCUGUAAGUCAUUCCUAGGAGCUCACGCGCCUCCUAAACUUCCAGAGAAUUUCGCUUUUGAUGUUUCUCACGAGUGCGCGUGGGGGAGUCGAGGCAACUUCAUCCCGGCGCGCUACAACAGCUCCAGGGCCAAGUGCAUCAAGUGCUCCUUCUGCAACAUGUAUUUCUCUCCAAAUAAAUUUAUAUUUCACUCUCAUCGCACGCCAGAGUCCAAGUACACGCAGCCGGACGCGGCUAACUUUAAUUCUUGGAGACGACAUCUUCAACUUUCAGAUAAAGGUAGCCAGCAAGAUGUGAUGCACGCGUGGGAAGACGUGAAGGCCAUGUUCAAUGGGGGCAGUCGCAAGAGGACGCUGCCAGGCUACGGGUCAGAUUCCAGCUCUUCCUUAAAAUCACAUGGACACUCCCGUCCCCGAGAAUCACCCGACAUACCCGCAAAAAUCAUCAGCCGCGAGGACAACCUGGUUGGGAUGUCGAGCACGCGCAGCUACCCGGUCAUCCCCGUGCCCAGUAAAGGCUUCGGGAUGCUGCCAAAGAUCCCUCCGCCGCUCUUCCCUCACCCGUACGGGUUUCAAGCUUUCGGCCUGUGUCAAAAGAAAGACGACAUCCUGAUGGGAGACCAGAGCAAAGCGGGCCUGCCGGGUGUCCUGUGGCCGGGUACCAAGGACAGCGCCUACCCCUCCUUCCCCAUGUUCUGGCCCGCGGCCGGCGCGCUGCCCAUGCCCCCGUACCCCCAGACUCAGCACAAACCCCCGCCAGAGCUGCUGUGUCCCCCCAGGCAGACUGACAUGGAGCUCUCCGAGCACAGCGACCGGAGCACCAAUACCUCAAAAGACAGCAUGGUAGAAAACGACCGGUGCUCCAGCACUCAGUCCACGCGUAAUGAGGACGAUAAGUCCGGGGACGAGGCGAGGCCUCUGGAGGGGAUGACCCUGGCCUCCCGGAAAAUCAGCUACGUGUCCGCCUUCAGGCCCGUCAUUAAAGACGCGGACUGCAUCGCCAAGCUGUACGGCAACAGGGGCGCUUUCAACGGGGGUCGCACUGGCUAUUUAUCGCCCGAUUUUUUAAGUGAGAGCUCAAGCUACCGGUCCAUGUCCCCCUGCGUGGACAGUGAGGGCGAGCCGGACGUGGAUGUAGAGACUAAUAAAACACCAGAGGAAGAGGAAAAGGAGGAGGAGGAGGACUCCCGGCCUCUGUCCUCGGUGUGUCCUCGGACUCCCCCUCGGGCUCACAGUGUCUCCCCAUCCAACUCAGACUCCAGGAGCCUGCAGGAGGCGGUGAACUCCCAGAAAGUGAGCCUGCAUGUGGCCCAGUCCUCUGACAGAGAGCUGCAGAACAAGCAGCUGUCAGAGACCCACAUAGCUGCGUCUUUUAAUGAAGUGUACACACCGGAGAGGGCUGAGCUGCAACAAAGGAGCAGUCCGUAUCAGUUCAGACCUGCGAAUUACAAGAUUGGAGUACUUACAUCAAAUGAUGAGGGUGCAAGUAAAGAGGAGCCGUCUUCCACAGUGGAGGAGGUCGAAACGAAAUCUUGUGAUGAACAAAGCAGCGAGGAGAACCAGCGGGAGCCGGAUGAGGACGAGGCUGCGCCAGCCAGAGCUCCUCCAGCACAAAGAGCCAUAGAAAGUCUGGCAAAAGAAGAACUACAGAAGCAGCUGUUAGAGCAAGUUGAACUGAGGAAAAAGCUGGAACGUGAAUUUCAAAACUUGAAAGAUAAUUUUCAGGAUCAAAUGAAAAGGGAACUGUCGUACAGGGAGGAGAUGGUUCAGCAGCUGCACAUCGUCAGAGAAGCUCACGACGCUUUACACCAUUUCUCGUGUAAGAUGUUGACUCCUCGCCACUGCAGCGGAUCCUGCUCCUUCAAAUCUCCUCUCCUCCCACCCUGAACCAGAUGACAUUUUA